AAAAAACGCCGGUUGGUAUGUAACAAUCGAUCAACGCUAUAUCGCCAACUCUGGUGGUCGUGGAAUGUCAUCAGUGACAUUUUAGAUGUUAAAAUUGACAGAUACUUCCACAGCAACCUAUCUAUUUGUUGGGUUCAUCGAUCAAACGGCAUGGCGGCCAACUAGAUUUUGUAGUGUGAAUAUGGAAGAAAACGGCCCGGGUGAACAAAAUGGAAGAUCUGGAGAAAAACAGUUCGGUAAAUCGUAUAAAGGCGUAAAAGAACCGAUUAGAAAAACGAUGUACGAUGUUCUGGUGGAGAAUCUGGAAUUAGUUGGAAGGAAAACGUUCAUUCAUCGCAUAAUAUACUGCGGGUUACAUUAUUUUUCAAACUCGUCGGAGAAAAAGCUGGAAGACUUUUUCCAAAAAAUUGUAGAAGAAGUGAACACUAAAUGCUUGAUAAUUGAAAAGUUAUCAGGAUUUCUAUUCUACCACGACAAGUAUUUUGUCCAUCUGCUCGAGGGAGACGAAGACGCAAUCGGUCAACACUUGAAACUCUUGUAUCGAUCGCAAGACUUCGGAAAAUUCGGAAAAUUGAAAUUACUCGUAUCACUGCAUCACAUCAACAACCGUUUAAUAAACGAUUGGAAGUUCUACAAUGCAGAACCUAGAAAAAGUUCAUCUAAUUUUAAUGCGAAUUCAGUGACUGAUAUAGCAAAAAUCACAUUCGAUUGCGUUAAAAAAUUUUCAGAUUUAUCUGUAGCAUUUGUUGAAACAACCAGUAACACAGAGAGGGAAAUUGAAGUCGAGAUAAUCGAUAAAAUCGACCCUUUACUGCCCUUAUUACCCGAAAUCGAACAACUGGAAUUACUAAUCAACGGCGAAUUUCCAAUGGAUCUCGACGAAUACCGCAAAUCCUACGGGACUCUCUUCUCUUAUCAGCUUCAUACAGACAAAAUUUGGCCCUUACCCGAAGACCUCGUGCCUUACGAUGUAUUCGAAACAGCCCCUCAAACUGCCAUUAAAUUCCCAAAUUUCCAAAAAACUCAAACCGAACCAGAAGAUAACGACGACGACGAUUUAUUACCUUCUUUAAUAUAA